ACCUUUUGUGCGGAACCAGAAUGGCGCGUUGACACUAUCACUAGAAGACAGCAGCCUCUCUCUCUCUCUCUCUCUCUCUCUCUCACAACUUGUUUCCGGUAAGCUCGAUCAAUUUCACGCCGCUAACGAUCGGAAAUGCUCCUGUAGCGCAAAAUUCUUUUUUCACUUUGAUCUCUGCUAAAAUCCAAGUUUCUUUGGUAAAGGGGUUUUGCAGAGAUCCAAUUUAUAUUCAACCUCAUAUGGUACUGAAAUCUCAUCAAUAGAAAUUCAUCAAAACCAUGUUCUGUUCCAAUCUAACCUCGUGGGUUUCCCCAAAUCCUUCAAAACCUAACACAUAUGCAUUUUCUUUUCAAUUCCAAUCAAACCCAUUUCGCCAUUUAGCCCAAGUGCCCCCUCCAUACAAUACCUUCUCUCAAUCUUCAUUAUAUACUCAGAUUCGUUGUGGUCUUCGCGAGUUAAAAGGUCGGAUUAAUACUGUCAAAAGCGCCCAGAAGAUUACUGAGGCAAUGAAACUAGUUGCAGCUGCUAAGAUCCGAAGAGCUCAAGAAGCUGUUAUCAACAGCAGACCCUUUACUGAAGCCCUCCUUGAAAUGCUUUAUAUCAUCAACGAACAGCUCCAAUUGGAAGAUAUUGAUGUUCCAUUAACGAAUGUUAGGUCUGUAAGGAAAGUAGCACUUGUUGUUGUUACUGGUGAUAGAGGCCUUUGUGGUGGUUUUAACAAUGCAGUGCUAAAAAAGGUUGAGACCCGGAUUAUGGAAUUGGAAAAACUGGGGUUAGAUUACUCUGUGAUUAGUGUGGGCAGGAAGGGUAAUGCCUAUUUUAAGCGUAGACCUAAGAUUUCCGUCGAAAGAUUUAUUGAGGGAGGGAGUUUUCCCACAGCUAAAGAGGCUCAACUGAUUGCUGAUGAAGUAUUUUCACUGUUUGUCAGUGAAGAGGUUGAUAAGGUAGAGCUUGUGUAUACUAAGUUUGUGUCUUUGGUGAAGUCUGACCCGGUGAUUCAUACGCUGUUGCCAUUGUCACGUAGAGGAGAGGUUUGCGAUAUGAAUGGGAAUUGUGUUGAUGCUGCAGAUGAUGAGUUCUUUAGGUUGACCAGUAAGGAAGGGAAGUUGGCUAUUGAGAGGGAGAGUGUAAGAACAAAGAAGGAGGGAUUUUCACCUCUUUUGCAGUUUGAGCAAGAUCCAAUUCAGAUUCUUGAUGCUAUGAUGCCUCUCUAUCUAAAUAGUCAUGUUUUGAGGGCACUGCAGGAGUCAUUGGCUAGUGAGCUUGCAGCAAGGAUGAAUUCCAUGAGUAACGCAACAGAUAAUGCAGUUGAUUUGAAAAAGAAUCUUUCUAUUGCAUACAAUCGGGAAAGACAAGCAAAAAUUACAGGGGAAAUACUGGAGAUUGUAGCUGGAGCAGAGGCACUAACGGAAUUAGAGUAAUUCUAGGUCCUCGUUGUCCUUGAUCCAUGCUUGCUUCUCUCCUACAGUCAUUUUGCUUCGAAUUUUUUAUUACCUAGAUCCAAUAUGAGCUGUCACCUAGAUUGACAUUUCUUUAUUGUAAUCAUAGCCCGAGUCCAUAUCAGACUUUGAUAUGAAAUAAAUAAGAAAGCGAGACGCAUACAAUGGGUUGUGCAUUUUGGUUCCUUUUCAUGGUA